AUGCCUCCUCGAAGAGCCCGCAACACCAACAAUGAGAAUCUUGAAGAGCCACCAACCUUGGCUCAACUUAUGCAACUUCUUCACCAAGAAUCUGUCACCCUUGCUCAACAACAACAACUCCUUCAACAACAAAUCCAGCAACAACAACAAGCACCUACACCAACACCUACUACUUUCAAAACUUUUCAAGCUGUGAAACCACCUGAGUUCCGAGGAACUCAAGAUCCUGUUGAAGCUCAAUCUUGGUUGAAGGAGAUGGAAAAGGCUUUCACCUUAGCUGUUGUAACCGAUGAGAAGAAAGUUGAGUAUGCGUCCUAUUUUCUGAAAGGAGAAGCGAACUACUGGUGGGAGUCAGCCCGUGCUUUGGAAGAAGGUGAGGUUAUUGCUUGGGAUAGAUUCAAGAAGGUCUUCUUAGACAAGUAUUUUCCGAGGCAUAUGCAAACUCAAAUAGAGUUGAAGUUCUUUCAAUUGAAGCAAGAGGGAAUGACUGUUGGAGAAUAUGAGAAGAAGUUUACAGAAUUAGCAAGGUUCGUGGGAGAUUAUAAGGCGAUGGUAAUUGAAGGAGAAAGUGACCAGAAUCAGAAGGAGAAGGAAAGCAAGAAAAGAAAGUUUGGGAAUAGAAGUGAAGGUUCGGCUCAAGGAAGCCAAAGUGGGAAGAAUUUCAAGAAGUUUGGAUUUCAGAAUCAAGGAGGUCCCGAGGCUUUAAGAAAGUGCAACUCGAAGGGUCAUUAUGCGAACGAGUGCCAAAGACCGAAACCUUCUGUUACAUGUUUCAAGUGUGGAAAGACCGGUCACAUGUCAAGGGAUUGUAAAGCUACUGGAACCAACAAGUUGAUGCAAUUGGCAGCUACCCCUUACAAUCAAGGAAUGUCAUCUUCUGUUCCGACUCUACAACUACCUUCUACUCAAAUUUUUGAGUCUGCAACCCCUGUUUUCCACCCUUCUUAUCCGGCUCAAGCAAGGACAUUCAACAUGAAUAUCAAGGAUGCCGUUCAAAGUUCUGAGGUUGUGGCAGCUACUAGAUCUUUCAUAUCUGAAUAUUUCGUUGACAAGUUGAAUUGUGAAAUUGAACCGUUAAUUGAACCCUUAUCCAUCAUUGUUGCUAAUCAAGAACAAGAAUCUGUUAGGAGUAUAUGCCCCCGGUGUACGAUAGAGAUUACUGGCUUUAGUUUUCCUGCUUCCCUUAUACCUUUUCGCCUAGGAGAAUUUGAUGUUAUAUUAGGUAUGGAUUGGUUAGCAGAAAAUGGUGCGCAAAUAUAUUGUAAAAAGAAGAAGAUAAUACUUAAGUCUCCGCAAGGAAAGAAAGUAGAGUUUAAAGGGCAGAAACAAGUUAAGACUUUUUUGACGAUAAUUGAAGCUAAGAAGUUGUUAAGACAAGGCUGUGAAGGUUAUUUGACUCAUGUAGUUGAUAGAUCUAAAGAGACGCCGAAUAUAGAAAGUAUUCCUAUAGUUAAUGAGUUUCUUGAUGUUUUUCCUGACGAUCAUCCCGGAUUGCCGCCUGACCGUCAAAUUGAGUUUUCUAUCGACUUAGCACCCGGCACGGAACCAGUUUCGAAGCAACCAUAUCGAAUGGCACCGGCAGAAAUGAAGGAAUUGGCCAAGCAAUUGCAAGAAUUGUUAGAUAAAGAAGUUAUAAGGCCGAGUGUAUCUCCGUGGGGAGCCCCAGUACUGUUUGUGAAGAAGAAAGACGGAAGCAUGAGACUGUGCAUCGACUAUAGAGAAUUGAACAAGCUGACAAUCAAGAAUAAAUAUCCUUUGCCUCAAAUCGAUGACUUAUUUGAUCAACUCAAAGGAGCAACUUACUUCUCGAAGAUUGACUUGCGUUCGGGAUAUCAUCAAUUGAAGAUUAAGCCGGAAGACAUCCCAAAGACUGCUUUUAGGACUCUGUACAGACAUUACGAGUUUCUAGUUAUGGCAUUCGGAUUGACAAACGCGCUAGCCGCUUUCAUGAACUUGAUGAACCGCGUAUUCAAGAAGUAUUUAGACAAGUUCGUCAUUAUGAUCAAGGAGAUUUUGUUAUCUACAGUGAUGCGUCACAUAAAGGACUUGGAUGUGUUUUAA